UAAAUAAAAGUAUAUCACAUCACAAAAGGUACUUUGUUAAUUAAACUUCCAGCCAAUUCAUUCAAUUAUUAGCGUACCCUCUGAUUCUAAAUCACCGUCUUCACAACAAAUUGAAAACUAUAAAUAUAAACCCAUGCAAAUUACCUCAAGAGUAGAAACUCACCUGAAAAUGGGUUUCAGGCUAUAUUUUGCGGUGGCGGUGGUUACUUUAAUGACGGCGGAGAACUUUUCCGAUGGGUAUAAACAAGUGCCUUGCUACUUCAUAUUUGGUGACUCGUUGGCUGAUAAUGGAAAUAAUAAUGACCUUCAUACUUUUGCUAAAGUCAACUUUUCACCAUAUGGCAUUGAUUUUCCUUUUGGCCCAACCGGCCGGUUUACCAAUGGUCGGACCACUGUUGAUGUAAUCGCUCAACUCUUGGGGUUUGACCAUUUUAUUCCACCUUUUGCACGUGCCAAUGGCACCACCGACAUACUCUUCGGUCUGAAUUAUGCCUCCGGCUCAGCCGGAAUUCGCAACGAAUCUGGGAAACAUGCGGGCGAGUGUAUACCGUUUGACAUGCAGUUAGAACAUCACCGAACCGUCGUGUUGCGGUUGGCUGAAAUUCUGGGGACUGAAUCAGCAACCAAUUGGCAUCUGAGCAGAUGCUUAUACACUGUUGGCCUUGGAAACAAUGACUAUAUUAAUAACUAUUUCUUGCCUCAAUAUUACACUGCAAGCCGUGAUUAUACUCUGCCAGAGUUCACUCAGCUUCUCAUUCAACAAUAUACUCAACAAAUUAAGACUUUGUACGAGUAUGGAGCACGAAAAAUUGCUAUUUUCGGAACGGGGCAAUUAGGCUGCACCCCAAAUGCAAUUAGCAGGUAUGGAACAGAUGGAUCUAGUUGUAUAGAAUUUUUGGAGGCAGCAUCUACACUCUUCAACAUCAAGCUGAAAUCAAUGGUUGAGCAACUCAAUGCUAAUAUAACUGAUGCAAAAUUUAUCUACAUUAACUAUCAUUCAAUUGGUGCAGAUUCUGCUAUACUUGGUUUCACUAAUAACACCGGCGGAUGUUGCCCGGUUGCAAGUGGUGGCCAAUGUAUUGCUGAUCGGAAACCUUGCCGGAAUAGGACAAGUUAUGCAUUUUGGGAUUCUUUUCAUCCAACUGAGGCUGUCAAUGAAUACAUUGCACAGAGAUCUUAUGCAGCAGUUGACCCAUCUGAUGCUUAUCCAUUUGAUAUUCAAACUUUAGUUCAUCUUAAUCAAGAAAUUUCUGCAAUGUAAUCAAGCAAAUUAUUAGCUUCAAUUAGAAUUAAUAAAGUUUCUAUUUUAUGUA